UACAAUGUGCCGAACAAGUGCAUUGAUGAAAUUGUAGAUGAGUUACAGUUCUUAUCCUGCUCCCCAUCUGGACCAGUUUUGAGACAUGUUGUUGAGUCCACCUUCAAGAAACACAACUAUGACUUUGAUUCAGCUCUUUUAAGCGAUUUGGUGAGCAACUUAUGUGAGUCACAUCCUAUUAGUUCAGCUGUAGGGAAAGAUGGUCCUUUUACUACAUCAUAUAGGAGGAGGCAAUAUAUGAAGUCACAUUUUUCAGUUGUGGAACCAAAAGAGUACAUUCUGAAGAAGAGGGAGAAUAAAACAUUCCAAUAUAUUCCUAUACUGCAGUCUUUGUCACAGGUACUUAAGAAUUCUCCAGAAAAGCACCUAGUUGCUACAAGGAACUCGGACAGGGCAUCGAAAUAUCAGUCAUUUCAAGAUGGGUCUCAUUUUCAGAAAAAUAUUUUUUUCUCUUCAGAUGAGGAUAGAUUAAGUCUUAUCCUGUACAUUGACGACUUUGAAGUCUGCAACCCCCUUGGAACAUCCCGGAAGAUACACAAAGUUACUGCUGUGUAUUGGGUCUUAGGCAACAUCCCAGCACAUGCAAGAUCGGCAUUGACGAGUAUAUACUUAGCCAUUCUCUGUAAGGCCAGUGACACCAAACAGUUUGGAUUUCAGACAGUGCUAGAGCCACUAUUGCGGGAUCUUCAAAGCUUAGAGAAAGAUGGUCUUUUCAUUCCAAGUUUUGGGAAAGUGAUCAAAGGCACUGUGGUGAGCGUAGUGGCUAACAAUUUGGGUGCUCAUGCUGUAGCAGGACUUGUUGAAAGUUUCUCAGGACCUCAUGUAAGAUCAGGAGUUUUUCAACGAAGAAGGGAAGAGCAGCACACCUUACAUGUUCAAACAGCUUUAUCGAGUCCUUCUCUUAGUCCGUGCUAUGGGGUGAAAAAACGGUGUGCACUAUCUGAAAAGCUGUGUUAUUUUGAUGUGACGUCUGGUUUCCCUCCUGAUGUGCUACACGACCUUCUUGAGGGUGUUGUUCCCCUAGAGCUGGCAUUGUCACUGAAUGCGUUCAUCAAGAACAAGUAUUUUUCCUUGGUGGAAUUCAAUGACUUAAUUGCUCAGUUCCCUUACAAGUGGACUGACCGAACAAAUCGCCCACAUUUGGUCACUGCUACUUUCGCUGCAAAAAGAUCAGUAGGAGGGAAUGCCCAUGAAAAUUGGUGCCUGCUGCGUCUUUUGCCUUUUUUGAUUGGGUUGAGAGUACCUGAGAGUGAUCCAGUAUGGCAGGUGCUAAUGGUUCUGAAGGACAUAGUGGAGCUAGUCAUGUCUCCAGCUCACACAGAGGAAAGUAUCUGUUACUUGGACACCAAGAUCGCCGAACACCGGCAAAGAUUUCUGGAUGUAUUCCCCCAAAACAAACUAAUUCCCAAACACCACUUCAUUGAGCAUUAUCCUGAGCUCAUAAGGGAAUCUGCCUUGUGGACAAUGCGCUUCGAAGCGAAGCACAGCUUUUUAAAAAAAAUUGUCCGACAGACUGGGGGCCCUAUUUUAACGGUCUGA